CUUCCUUUCCUGAGCAGAUAUCUCAGGAUAAAUAAAUGCAUGACUGGCAAAAAAGCAAAUUCUCACACAAAGUCGAACCGUUCACCAUGAUGAAUCAGAACCCGCAUAAUCAAAUAAGAGCUACCGGGAGCAGCAGCCGAGGUUCUUUAACCCCUCUCCUGAUCUUCGCUGCAGCCACCAAUCUCCUCAUAUCACACGCCGAAACAUUUCCGAUCCUUUAAAAGUUCGGCCACCCGCCCCGCAGACAGGUGAACCCUACUUGGUGGUGUUGGGUGGGAGUAACAGUGCGCUGCUGCGUGCGUGCGCGCCAAAGUGAGUAUAAGAGAGAGUGAGUGAGAGUGAGAGUGUGUCCCGAGAGAACACGCCCAAAUAGAUGAGAUAGAUAUAUAAAACCUGAGGGGCGACUCUGAGCUGCGCGUUGAAGAUGAGCGCGGCCGUGUCUCCGUGUGAACAUCACCAAGUUGCGUGUGACCCGCAUACAAAUAGCGACUAAAGCGGCAUUGGCUAGACUCGGAGCUCAGGAUUGUCACUAUUCCUUUGGGAUUUACAAAUGCACGGCGUCUGACCCGGAGGCUCUGUUCAUAUAGAGGGCAUGUGUUUUGGGUGAAAUACCUGUGCGAUCUGGAGGUGGUGACCCGACCGGGAUUGGCGAAAGCCCGCACACAGCUAGCUCUCCAUAGAGCGAGCGCUCCCAGGCACAGGGUCUACCAGCAAGAUGAACUGGAAAACAAGACGCUGGAUUUUCCAUAUUUUUCUUUGCCUGGGGAUUGUGUAUCUCAAAAUAGGGGGUUUCUCCUCUGUGGUCGCUCUAGGAGCCAGUAUAAUCUGUAACAAGAUCCCAGGUUUGGCUCCCAGACAGAGAGCAAUCUGUCAGAGCCGCCCUGACGCGAUCAUUGUGAUUGGGGAAGGAGCGCAGAUGGGAAUCAACGAGUGUCAGUUCCAGUUUAAAAAUGGGCGCUGGAACUGUUCAGCACUGGGAGAGAGGACUGUCUUUGGGAAAGAGCUCAAAGUAGGUAGCAGAGAGGCAGCAUUCACAUAUGCCAUCAUCGCUGCUGGAGUUGCCCAUGCCAUCACAGCAGCGUGCACGCAGGGAAACCUGAGUGACUGUGGCUGUGACAAAGAAAAGCAAGGCUUCUACAACCAGGAGGAAGGCUGGAAGUGGGGAGGCUGCUCAGCUGAUAUACGUUACGGUCUGGGUUUCUCCAAAGUUUUCGUGGAUGCCAGGGAGAUCAAACAGAAUGCAAGAACACUCAUGAACCUGCACAACAAUGAGGCAGGACGAAAGAUACUGGAGCAGAAUAUGAAGCUGGAGUGCAAGUGCCAUGGAGUCUCUGGGUCCUGCACUACAAAAACCUGCUGGACGACACUUCCUAAAUUCCGGGAACUCGGAUACAUCCUCAAGGAGAAAUAUAACGAGGCCGUCCAGGUGGAGCCAGUCAGGGCAAGCCGCAACAAGCGGCCUACUUUCCUGAAGAUCAAGAAGCCUCUAUCUUACCGCAAGCCCAUGGAUACAGACUUGGUGUACAUUGAGAAAUCUCCUAAUUACUGUGAUGAGGACCCCAUGACUGGCAGUGUUGGGACACAGGGCAGGAUAUGCAACAAAACAGCCCAGCAGUCAAAUGGCUGUGACCUGAUGUGCUGCGGCCGUGGCUACAACACCCACCAGUACUCUCGCGUGUGGCAGUGCAACUGCAAGUUUCUCUGGUGCUGCUAUGUCAAGUGCAACACAUGUAGUGAAAGAACAGAAGUUUACACAUGUAAAUGACACUGUGUGCAUGUGUGAGUUGCUUUACAUUGGCACCAGUCUGAGUGAGAAGGAGAGCGAGAGAGAAGACUGCAUUUAUGUGAGGUGCCGCUCUCUCUACACAUACAGAUUCAUAUCGAGCAGUGCAUAUGAAAGGGGAUCCUCCCUGGGAUGUAGCACGUUAUUUGCACAUGGAUACUUGCCUUGAUUCCUAAUGACUGUGACUGGUAAAGAAAUAAAAGAAGAUUAUCAGCCACCAAUUGGUCAUGUCAGAUUGACCAUCUCACUAACUAGUGGGAUAAAGGGAACAAAGAGAAAAUGCAAGCAAUAAUGGCAAUAUUUAACACUUUAGCUAGAUUCAACUAAUAUUAAUUUAUUUUUUCCAAAAAAGCAAAACAAAUCUACUGAUAGUUCUAUUGUGAUGUCUUUUUAAAUAACAGGCCUAUACAUAUUGUGUGUGUACAGUAUCUACUCUGUCUUUGUAUGUGUGUGUAUAUAUGUACGUAUGUAUGUAUGUAUGUACGUAUGAUGAUUAUAUAUAUUUGUAAGAUUUUUUUUAAAGCAAAAAGAGGGAAUAAUGGAAAACACUGGAGUUGUAAAUAACAUUUCCUGUAUCCAGGUGUUUUAACACUGAAGCCAGGAGUUCAGAAAAGAAAAUGUCUUCCUGCUCUUUUGCUGCUAGUCCAGAAUAUUGAACUAGUUUGGGGUUUUGCUCUUGAAAUGCUGCCGUGACUUUUGUGAUUCCACAGAAAAACACCAUCUGCAAUAGAAUUCUGGGUUCAUGAAAGAAAGAAAUAGGGCAAAGGUAACACUGCCUUCAGGCUGGAAAUCAGAGGAUUGAAAAAUGAUAUAUAUGUAUAUAUUGUGUAAUAGACUAUUUUUAUAUGCUAUUUAUAUGGUAUAACCUCACAUCUAGUUGGUGCUUCCUGCUGUGGUUGAGGUUCACAAAUCUUAACUGGCCAGCUAAUCGAUUUUCUGAGUGUCAACACCCCAAGCCUGACUUCAUACACCAUCACGGCUCUGAUGAAUGUUCCAGGUUCUUAUGAGACAAACAACCGUCAGACAGCAUGGGCUGCUGUUGUUCACAAUAGAGCCAUUGUUUAGCUAAUGCCAUACAUUCAUCCUUUAUACAUUAUAAAAAUACAUUGCCAUUUCAUACACAAACCUAAAAAACAUCAGUCAACCCUACACCCAUUUUUGGGAGCAAAAUCAAAGUACUUCCACAUGGGCAGAGGACAUCAUGCAAAUUUUACAUACUGUAGAGAGUACCAGGCUGGGAUUCAAAGCUAGGACUUUUUAGCUGUGAGGCAGCAGCACUUCUCAUCUAAUUGUAUUCAGAGUGAUUUGCAAUUCAGUUUUCAAUUUGUCUUGUGAGUCAGAUGGAUAUUGCUUUUACUGGAAGUUAAGUCUCAUAGCUUUACACGACAUUCUUAAACCAUUUAAUCUAGAACAGGGACACAGGGUUUGUCCCUGUAUGAGGCAACAGACCAUCUCAUCAGUUUCUACACACACAUUAAUAUACCAGUUAAUUGAACCUGCACAUCCUUUAGAUGUGAAAGUAAAACCCAGAGGAAAAUCCAUGCAGAGAAUGUGCACACUCCACCUAUAGAGUGAUCAGGCUAAGAUCCAAACACAGACUCUGGGGUUGCAAGGCAGCAUCAUUAACCAAUGUUCCACCAAGCCAUCCACCCUACCUGCAUAGUGUAUUUAGUGUAAUGCGUAGAGGUGUUUCAUCUUAGCUACAGUCAGACCUCACCAAACCCUAUGACAUUUUUAUCUCCCUCAUUCUUUCCUGCAUCUGUCAAUUUUUCCCAUUUGAUUUCUCCUCAUCAAGGUGACUUUGAGUAGGUGACUGUGCGGGAUGGGUCAGCGGUCGAUAAGAAGGUACACUUACAAAGGCAUUCCCACACUCACUCAGCAUUGGUUACUCAGAAUGUCCAGUUCUUUACCCUUCUUGCCACAGCUCUUCCCUCUGCAUUUGCACAGUGUUUGUGACCCAUUGUCACAAUUAAGGUGAAAGUGUUUCUCAUUGUCCUCUGCAGAGUUAUUAUUGUUCAUUAAUGUGCCUUGUCAACUUCUAAUGCACCGACAGAUCAUGACAGUGCACAAUAUGGCUGCAGGCCACAUAGUCUACAGCUGCCAACUUGGUGACAAAUAGGCAAUGAUGUGAUUAGGAGGAGCAGCCCAAUCACUUAUCAGAUAUCUAGGACAUGUGACCAGUAAAUGGCAGUCUAGGCAAUGUACUUCAGCUGCUCCACAUACACAAGUGAUGUAUUUCUAGGUUUUUCUGACAAAUCAAUAGCCAUCUCCAUAUAUAGCACCUUUUGUUCUGUAAACCAUUACAGAUAAUUUGCAUGUAAAGUU